GUGACUGUAGCGGCAGCACCAGCAGCAGCUUGUGAAUGGUCCCCGCCUCUCCGGGGAGUUUCCUCCAAGGGGAACUUUUACUUUAUGUGCAGCACCUGUUGUGUCGCCAGUCGGCCGUCUGCGCUCGCCAAACACUCGGAGCCUCCUCAAGACACAAAUUUCCUUCAGAAAGUUGGACAAGCAACGCUGCAAAGUGCCAUUUUACCCAGAGUCGACGCGUUACUCGAAUGGACUAUCUGUGUUUGCAAGGGCAAAAUGUCCUCUUAAACUCUCGUUUUUAGGCGAACAGGUGUGCGCUCACUAAGUUAAGAGCAAUUAUUAACUUUGUGCAGAUGCUCAACUGGAAACUUUCCGCACAGAAGUUUUCGCAGUAGAAACUCUGGCCGAUCAGGAUUAUGUGGACUUUACUUUACGCGUGCCUGUGUCCAAAGUUGGAUACGCGUCUCACGAACAAUAUUUCUGCAUGGUGAUAGAAACAACAUAUAAGUGCCUAUAAGCACCGACAGCCACCAUUUAUCCAAAUGAUUCCUUUGCUUCUCUUGAUUCUUAUAUCGUCUCUUCAUCAGCAUGGGUCGGAGGCGGAAUCGAGUCACAUCAGUAAGAUUCACCACGCCAGCACGAAACAGCAGAAUCGAGUUCAUGAUUCUCAACACGAAAAGGUCCUCAGUGCCACUGGGGAUGGAAAUAUUCAAAGUCCUGACUUCCCCAACACUUAUCCCCGGAAUACAGUUAUAGUGUGGCGGCUGGUGGCAGUCACGGAAAGUUCCAGGAUCCAGCUGACCUUUGAUCCUCGCUUUGGUCUGGAGGACGCCGAGGACGGCAUUUGCAAGUAUGAUUAUGUGGAGGUGGAGGACCCUCUCGGAGGCGUGGUGUUGGGGCGUUGGUGUGGCUCAGAGAUGGUUCCAGUGCCCCAGGUGUCCAAGGGAAACCAGAUCCUGAUCCGCUUCGUCUCUGAUGAAUAUUUUCCCUCGGACCCAGGAUUCUGCAUCCACUACUCUUUGCUUCAGCAGAAGCAGUCGGAGCCCGAGACCCCUGCAGUGAUGCCUGCAUGGAUGCAGAGUGUGGAUGUUCUGAGUGAAGCUGUAGCUGGAUUCAGCACAAUGGAGGAAGUAAUGAAAUACCUGGAGCCGGAACGCUGGCAGGUGGACAUAGAGGAUCUCUACAAGCCUUCCUGGCAGGUGGUGGGCAAAUCAUUCUUCCACCAAAAGAAAUCUAGAGGAGCGGUGGACCUGAACCUGCUUCGUGAGGAGGUUCGGCUUUACAGUUGCACUCCACGGAACUUUUCCGUCUCGUUGCGUGAGGAGCUGAAAAGGACGGACGCCAUCUUCUGGCCCAGCUGCCUGCUGGUGAAGCGCUGUGGAGGGAACUGCGCAUGCUGCUCUCACAACUGCUAUGAUUGCCAGUGCUCGCCCACCAAAGUGGCCAAAAAAUACCAUGAGGUUCUGAUGCUGAAACACAGGGCAGGGGGUCGGGGGCUGCAAAAGACUCUAACAGAUGUCCCCCUGGAGCACCACGAGGAGUGUAGCUGUGUGUGUAAAAAUGACUCCGACUAAAACAGUCCCAGGGAGAGAGCAACACUGGCCCCCUACAGACUCAACCAGGGAAAUAAUUCUUGAAUCAUGCAUAAAUGAGCGAAAGAGAUUUUACCCUGACAUUGCAAACUAAUGAAAUUAAAGAUAAUCUUGACUUAUCUAAACCUGCGGUUCCAUUCGUUUUGGGCUCACAAAUCUAUAGAGAACUGACCUAUGCAGAAUUUUCCAUUGGCCCUGUGAUAACAUGGAAUGUCAGGAGGAAAAUUGGACACGGUCUUGCUUCUCUGUGUGUAUGUGGAGGUUUGCAAACAGUGUGUGUGUGUAUGUACAUUCAUGAAUCUCUUUCUGUGUGUGAGUGAAUGUAUAGAGCUGUUCAGGAAAUUAGGUAUUCCAGGAUAACUAGAGAGCCUGAAGUGAGUGUGCUAUUACUUGUGGAACAAGUGGAUUUGACGCAUUCUUUUAUAUAAUUUUUCUCUUUGCUUUUUUCACUACUUAAAAGGACAUUGACUGUGCAUCAACUUUCAGCAAUCCAAGGACAAUUUUGAGGUGGCAUGGACUUUCUCCUCAAUAACAUCCCAAAGAAAUUAAUUACACUGUGUCAUAAACCAGCACUCAGUCACCUAUUCAUUACUGAAUCGGCAUAUUUUCAUUAAUAAUUCAGAACGAAUAUUCCAGGAAAGAUAAGGAUGUCUCUUUUUUUUUUUUUUUUUUUUUUUUUAAACCAGAGCUGAGUGAUCAUGCAUCUUCUGCUCUUUUGCAGUGUACUAUAGACUCUUAAGAAUGGCUCCAUUCAAGAAAGAACACUAAAAUACAAUAGUGAAACUUGUGUAAAUAUAUUUCAAAUUGUGAUUUGUUGACUUUUCCUAUGUCAUGACAGUUUUUGGUACCAAAAUUUUGGGCAUGUAACAAUCGUUUUUCCCCUUUCAUAAUCACUGUAGUAUUUUCAGUAUUAGUCACUCUUUUUGUAGAGACAUUUAUACUUUUGUGUUGUUUGAAUAGCUGUUUUAAUUGUGUAAUAAGAUUGUUGUUUGACUGGAGACAAAAUUAAAGCUGUUAGAUGUUCAUGUAAAUAGACUUUUUAGAAGUUAAAGGGACAUAGAACUGCCAGUACCAUAUUCCUCUACCAUUAAACGAUUAACUAAAUUGUUGUGGUUUUUCCAAAUGGUGCUUAAAGCAUUGGUUUGCUCAAGUUAUCUGCAGUUGUCACAAAAAUGUGUAGGAACCCUAUGACAAUGAACUAUUUACUGCAAUCUGACUUAAGUCUUUUAGAGCGUAAUUAGAUGUUAAUGAUGUAUCUCUGCAUUAAGCUUUUCAAGAGUAAAAUCGUGUGCCUGACAGUGUUACUCUCAGCAUUCCUUGAAUAGUGGACACAAUUUCCUUUUCACUUGAUUUUGGCAAACAAUUUGAUCUCAUCUGCAUGCAGUAGAUGGCUUGCGAACACUAAAACAAUAUAACAAAACAUGACAUUGGUGGAAAAUGAAGACAAUGUGAUUUGUUCACAAAUUCAGUUUUGAUUGACUGGAAAAGGGAGCUGAGUAAACAAGACAUGCAGCGUUAUUUCCAUCUUUUUUAAUCUGCCUUAGAUGACCUUUUCCGCUGUCAUUUUGUCAGGCUAUUAUUCUUUGAUGUAAUAUUUUUGUGACUUGUUUUUCAUACUUCGAUCACAGAUUCCUCACACUUGGCAAACCAAUUUAACAAGCCACCUACUGUAAGCAGGCUUCGAGAUCAUCUUUAAAGGAAGAAAGGCUCAUUUUUGCGCAGCUCGGCAGAGGGAAUGAGAAUUUGGAUUUUGUUGAUGUGUCAUGUGAAAGUGAGAGAAGUGCCUUGAUGUUAAAAGCAUGACGUUUCUCUCCAUGAGACUCCUUUAUGAUUCAGAGAGAAAUUUGAAAAUUUGUGUGUCAUUUUGGAUCAUCAUCAGAUUCCUUUGUAACAGAAUCUUAAAGGUGAUGCAUGUUUUUUUUUUUGU